GGGGAGAUAUUUGUGGCAGACGGUUACUGCAAUCAGCGCGUAGUGAAGUUCUCGCCCAAUGGUGACUACUUAAUGGAGUGGGGCGUGGACGGCGUGGACGGGAUGAAAGACUCGAGAACAAAAGGCUUUCUAGUGGCACACAGCAUCACUCUUGUGCCCGCUUCAGGUGAAGGUGCAGACGGUGUGGAGCAGGUCUGUGUUGCCGAUCGUGAACGUGCGCAAAUUGACUGCUACGACCUCAAUGGUCGUCGUCUGGUUCAGUAUGGUGGUAGCAUUUUCAAGCCCUCCGUCUACGCGAUCUCCUUCAGCCCCGUGUACAAGUGA